CUCAUGUGCGCGAGAUUUUGUCCAAUCUGCAACUCGCGCGCCGCAUCCAGUCCUUGCCCAAUCCCACGCCCAGCCCCUUUCCCCUCCAAUUUCCAUAGUCGCGGCACCCUCCCUCCUUCCGCACGAACCCUAGCAAUUGCCAUCCGCCACCCUCGCUCCUCCCAGCCGCCUCCAUGCUCGCUUCCUCCUCCUCCAUCCUCCCAUGCUGGUCUCCCCCUCCCGCAUCUCAUUCAUCUCGUUGGAUCCAACGCGAGGCGAUCUUCUGCGGCGGCGACCCCAUGGAUCCGUCCCUGAGAAGAUGAGAAUGAGAGAGAGAGAGGAAAGAGGAAAGGGAGGUCCAGCGGCGGAGGGGAGAGGGCACCUCUGCCCCUUCCUCUUCCCGCGUCGCCGCCGAGGAUGACGACCGCCUGAUCCAAGAGGCUACACAAGGAUGCGAAGAAGAACAUGAAACACGAGUUGCUUGCCUGCUACAUGGAGGAGGUAAGGCGAACCCAGUCUGUGCCUCCCUUCAUUGGCUAGUUGAUGGAGAUGGUUGAUGGCAACAACGGCUUCGAAGUCCACCACUGUGAGCUGCUCAAGGCGUCUGUCUCGGUUGACCUGCUCCGCCGUCUCCCUUUCCCCUUCUGGUGGCCCCUCCCUACGAAGACGAUGACAGGGAGGAGGGCCCGCCUUUUCCUCAGAGAGGAGGUCGACCGUGGGAGUCUUUGUGUGGAAUGAAGCGAAACAGCAGGAAGGAAAUAGAGCGGGUCGUGUGUCAUCGUGCACAGUCUGCCUUCCAUUGUGUGAGUACUCGCACUUGGAUCGCCCAAUUGUGUGUGCACAGCAGGGGACCAUGCACUGGAACAUCGAAUUCAACCUGCUCACAAGUUGAAGAGAAGGCUACAUAUGCUUUUUGUAGCCAGUACUAAGUAAUCUAAUGAUCCGCUCCUUGCAAUCUAAGAAAAAUAAACAUUCAAGUAAUUUUUGAUCGUAGGUCUGGCUACCAACUAUUUGUGUUUGUGUCUACAAGCUUUUGAAUAUUUUGUCUGGUCUAUUGUUUAUUUGCAAUGUUGGACACUCUUGCCAUUUCCUAUGAUUUUUUUUGUUUGAUCUUACUCUCAAUAAACUGCAUAUUAACUCUGAUGAAUGAGUAUUUUCAGAUUAGAUUGGGUGGCCCCGACAUUGUCUCAGAUCCGAGCGAAUACCAAAAACAUAUGUCAGUUCUGUAGCAUAAAUAGAUUUACAUUUCUUUUCUUUUGCUCCAUUUUUGGUAUGUGUUUUGUCCAUACGAAUUGUUUCACCGAAGCAUGCACAUAGUAGUCAUUGCUUGAGUUAUGAUUGUAACUUACGAUUCUUCAUGUGUUGUUCACUAUAUUUGCCUAUAUGCAUUUAAACGAUGGUGUCCUGCAUAUGUAGUCAGGAAGCUACUAGCAGUACUGUUAGUUAAGGCUUUUCACCCUGUUCAUUAGUUUUACUUUGUGCGUACUGAAAGUAACCAAUAUGCUUCUGGAUCUGUGCUUUGGUAGCCCCGCAAUGUUCUGUUGGAGCACAAGAGAUUAAAGCUUCUGAAGUACUAGACCUGGCAAUUUCUUGUUUUUAGGCCUGUAUGCUCCAUUCUGAUUAUUACACUUCGGCUUGUUGGGCUGUACACCAGUAGGGUCAGCUGGACAUUCACAUUUAUACUGAAAUUUUUCAGUCUCCAUGGCAUUAUAUGCCUUGGUCAUAUUCUAUCACUUGUUUGCCAAGGAGUUGGUAGCUCACAAGCCUCUUGCUAUGUUUUUGUGCAUGAAAGGGAUUGUCUUGUCUUUCUCGCUGGUAAACCACUUCCUCUCCUGGCGUAAAGACUUCUGAAAAUUAUUGUAAUUAUCAUUGGGGUUAGUUUUUUUCCUGUGUGUCUGAAUGUUAUUGAUGUAAUUGUACGCAAGUUUGUCUUCGUGGUUGCAUCGGACAUUUAGUUAAGGUGGCGAUAUUGGUUUAGUAAUGUUGAUAGUUAAGGCCUUUUAUUCUUGCCAUGUUAUCUGCUAUGAUUUUGCAUGAAGCCCUCCUCUCACUCACUCUUUGGAUUUGUUCAGCAUGAUAUUUAAUUACCUUAUUUUGUUAUUAUGGCUAAGGUUAUCAGUCUAGGAGCUUUAUCUGCAGUUUAAUUUUCCAUGCAUUGCCAUGUAAAUAUUCAAAUUCAGAAAGAAAAUAAAAAUAAAGGUCGCAAAGAAACAACUAUGCACGGUGAAAAAUAAAGCUAGAGAUAAGUUUGAAACGAGUUUAUGAGCAUAAAUCAGUUAAAUUAUUUCACCUUUCAACACACAACUUUGCUGCUGUAGACAUUCCCAGUGGACUGUUGCUGUUAGUGAACCACCCUAUUGUCUAUGGGUGCUUGAGACUAACAUUCUAACUUGCAAUCCUUAGCGGUAGGAAACUAAAUAGGUAAAUACGACACCCGUUCCAUUUUGUGACACAAUUUCUUUUUAUCAAUUCAAAUCUGAUCAAACUCCUGCUUCUUGAAUAUGGUUAUCUGUCUAUAGGGUUGUGUACUGGACAUUUUGGCUGCUGUAGGGGUUAUUCAGACUCGCCAUUUCUAGCUGGACGUCGAGCGCAUACAGGAUGCAAUCCAGAAUGUCUUGAUUAUCGUAGAAAGGGUUAUCUUCUUGGUCCUCUAGCAAUAUGUGUACCAUGUCGCUCCGUACAGUGGCGCUGACAAGGCGAAAUCCGUGAAGAAAGAAUGAUUCAGGGCUUCGUGCCAAGCAAUAACUGCAGCUGGUUCUUGUAUGAUUUUGUGUGUAUGUGCUGGGAGUAUUGAUUCUAGGUGUUAUAGGAUAUGCAUAUUUCCUUGUGAACAUGUGUAGAGUGAGUAGUUGUUAUAUGCCUUGAACAUUAGAAAACCAGAUGACGAGGAACGACAUAUAGGAAAGCUACUGUUGUUACCGUGUUGUGAGAUUAUGUAAAGCCUGAACAAAGAGAAUUUUGGGGGUUCCACUCGAAUUUGGUCUAGAAUAAAUGGUUGUUUCCUAUUGCUUGUUCAAAAACUUGUCUGAAAUUAUUAGAGUGAUAUGAGUCCAGGUAUGGUUUGGGCUGUCUGUGUGCUUUCUCACACAAAGCUAAUGGAAAAAUGGAAAUAUUUUCAAAGCGCACAUGGUCUCAAAUGGGCCUCCACGCCAUUACAUAAUCUCGGUCUGAGGUUGCUGCUUAUUUGUUCUGCUAGCGAAGGUCGCCGUGUGUCUCCCGCCAGUCCGCGACAUAGCUUGCAAUCUAGAUCCAAGAAAGAAGAGAUAGGACCAAGGAAAUUAGGUGCUUCUCUAUCCCUCUAUCACUUACAUUUUAUUUUCCUAAUGUGGAUUUUCUAAAGAUGAUGGAUGAUGUGUGCUGCUCCCUCCUCUGGUUUUAGUUUCAGCAUGUUUCUCUCCAUGGUCCUCUCUAUUUUUCUGUAGAGUUUAACUAAACCAUAAAGAAUGUGGAGGUUUAUUUUAACUAUGUUUGUACCCAUGCAAAUCUUGAAUUGUUUACAUUAAUAGUUUAUUGACUGACAGAAUAAAGUAUCUUGUGUUCAACAUGCUCACAAAACUGAAUAGAAUCCCUUGUGAUGUCGAAUUCAGGUAUUACAGGGGAAAACACCAUUUGUUUUCUGGAUUCAUUUUUUUUUUUGUAAAACUAGCCGGAUAGUGAUCUUAAUGAUACAAUGCAUUUUUUUCGUACAAGUCGCUGGUGCAAUUUGCACCUGGCAAAUAAAUUUGUAUUACUACCUAUUUUACCAGGUAAAACACCAACAAUGUUGUUUGAGGUGCAUGUAUCGGUUGUAGCGAAAAUGUGCAUCUGACGAUGCAAUAUGACCAUGGAGCUCUGCAAGGCUUCAGGAUAUGUACCGCAACUAAGAGACUUGACACACCGCCACUUGCUCCUACCACCAUGCAAGUGGCCGAUGCUUUAGUGUCGAACUAUUAAUUAGUCCCCCUUUUUUCUUUAAUCUAUUGAAUGGUGCCUCUUACCAUAAAUACUUGUUAUGUGGACUCAAUAGAAAUGAUGUUUUACACAUCUUUGAUAGUUAUAAAACAAAUGUCAUAGAUGAUAGCUAUUUCUAUUAUGGGGACGUCUCAAACUGUUGUUCAUCUUCUAUUCAAUGUUUGAUAUUCCUUCAUUAUUUUUAUGCAGAAGGGCUAAAGCUUCAAUCAUACAUGUUUUCUCAAACCUAAAACUUCUAACUAAUGAAAAUAUUUUAAAAGCAAUCAUGAUUUUGAAGGUACAUAUGUUUUAAAACAAAGACCAUGUAUUUUUUGCUCAAACAAAAAGUCACUCAAAAAUGCAAAUGUUUUCAAUGCUAACAUGAUUUUAGAUGAACCUUUGUGAACAUGGUAGCAAGCAUUUUGUGCUAUCAAAUUAAAAUGUGUAUAUAAAUCUAAUUAUAAACAACAAUCCACCAUGUUUCCUAUUAAAGGGGAUUAAACCAUGUAUAUUUUUUUCAUCACGCGCAUGGAUUUAGCGUGCCUCUGCGCCAUUUGGCGCAACAGGCCCACUAGUUCUAAUAACACCUACCCUUAUUCUGCUAUCACCCAACCACCCGGCGCAAGCAGCCUCGUAAAUUAAACGUGCAACCCACUACUUGCACUGACCCCGCCCCCACCUCCAACCCCGACGCCCACGACCCCCACACCUUCUUUCGUUCCCAUCCCUUCCAGCUGUCUCCACCCUUCCCUUCCUCCUACAUCGCUGAUGAAAUCCAGGGCGGGCGGCCAUCUUCCAGCGACCACCCGAGGCACCCUAGCUUGACCUGAUCCGGAGACUUCGGCCUCCUCCUUGCUGCACUGUGUCAGGGCCCUCCCCUAGCCCAUAUGGGCUUGCCUCUGGACAUCAUAUGGGCUUGCCUCUGGACAUCACAUGGGUCUGGCCCGGCUGGGAAUCCUCUGGCCGCUGCAGCUACAAAUACUUGGGCAAAAGCAACGAACAGCCUAUCCAGUGGAUCACGGCACGAACCGGCGGCGGCUCUUUCCUCUUCCUCCUCUGGCUCUCUUCUCAAUCCCCAUUUCCUGCUGCAACUUGUAUCCUAGAUUAGCUACCUCUUGUAAUCGGCUACUGUGAUUGAGUAGUGAGAGUUGGUUCUUAACAUCUGGUAUUCAGAGCCAGUCCACCACCUUUCCACCACCCAAAUUUUCCCCAAUUUUUCUUCCACACCGAUUCAUCCGUUCCAUCGGCGACAACGCCAUGCCUGCCGACAAACCACCAGAGUGGGAUGCCAUGUCCACCAAGGAGCAGUUGUUGUGGUAUCUCGAGAGGUUAUGCGCUCAGGCAGACGAGAUGUGCUCAGCAUUGGGUAUUGCACGAGUGGGUGACCCUCCCAUGGUCACCUCGCUUAUCGAUCCGGCGGCUUCAACCACGACGCACGCCUCGUCCGCGCCCGUCCCCGACGUCUCCUGCUCCACCACCAAGUCCCAGGAGGUCCUCAAGGUCCUCCACGACACGGCCCCUGCCUCCAUCGAGAUGGCGCACGUCAUCUGUUCGAUGAAAUGCUCGGACGAGGUCGCCACCACCGAAUUUGGCGACACGGGCCAUGAUGCCCCUACUGCCAUCCUUCUCAAGCCAGCGGUCGACCUCAACGACAUCACGCCCACCCCUCCAAUGGCCAAACCGGAAGACCAGAAGGAGUACCAGGUUGUUGCGACCACGCCCUGGGCUGUCGAUAUCACCAUCGAUGUCCAACUUGCCACCCCUAUACCUCCCAUGCUCUCGAGGUAUGACCCUGACAACAACUGCGACGACGUUGCUGAUGCGUCCCUGAUUUUGUUGGUCGCGCACUCGGCGAAAUCAGUGCCUUCGGUUGUCCUCGUCCACGGCAAUGCCAGGGUGCAGCCAAUUGCACGCACAGAGCAUCGACCAAAUGGCGUUCAUCUUGUGAUGGGGAGCAAAUGCUUACUACUGCCACCAUUGCAAAAGGAAAUCAAGCAGCAACCGUGGCCACCCCCUAUUCAAGUGCAGAUUGUUGAGGAGGGUGUUGUUCUCUUCUAUGACAUCCCUCAAAGCUGUUUUACUGAUGAUUUUGGCUAUGAGUGGUGGCCACCUGACCACCAGCCGGGUGACUAUCAAACAGAGCUUUCUUUUGCAGUACAUCCAGAUGGAGAACCGUUCUUGAACCAUGUCUGGGACGUCUCGCCGCACACAAGGCACCAGGGCCUGCUACUACGGCCGAUACCGUGGCCAUCGUUUCUGGAAGAUCAUAUUGCAGAAGGGAAUGAGAUUCAACCAACUCCAUGGCCAUCAUUUGCAGUCAGUGUGCCAUCAGAGGUUUGUCAUUCUAGUGUUGCCCAUUGCAACUUCUCGGUGACUACUUCUGUUCAUAGCCUUCAUAAAUGGACAUUCAGGGCACAUCCAUAUCAGUUUGCCCAAGUGCUUGACAUGGGUUUGACUAGUAGCAGCUUUCCAAUGGAAUCAUGUCAUGUUGGAGAUCUUGUGGGCAAUCACCGUAGACACUGCAUACAGAAGAAUUUUUCUGGUGAUCUAAAGCUCCCGAGAGAAUCCUGGAAGUACCUACAAAUUGUACAGCAGAAACCAUGUCAGCCUGAGCAGGAAUGGAGGUUAUCUAUUUCAACUGAGCUACAAGGUUAUGACACACCAGGUGCGGACCGUGAGCACCAAACAAAGGCGCAACCACUGUUCGAGUUCAGUCAAGGGACGACCCAGCUGAAGCAUUCGUGGCCAUCAUUGUCAUGCAAUUGCCGAGCAGUACAGGUUUUGAGCAUGUCAGUGUUGUAUCUCUCGAGUGUGCAGUUGAAACUAUCUCCCUCUAAGAAGGCCUUUUCUGCAUUUCGGGCUCGAGAUGUACAUCCAAGGUUUGGGUUCAGUCAAAAAAAUAUUCAGCUGAAGCUAGCAGGGCCACAUUUUUCCCGGGAUUGCCGAGCAGUGCAGUUUCUUGUUAUUCAUGAGAAGUUGACUAGUCGUUUGUGCCAUGAGCAAUUGUGGAGCACUAAAUACCAUGUGUGUAAAAACCAAGAGCGGCUGAACUUAUGUGAAAAUCACGUUCUGGAGCAAGCUACUACUUAUAAUAUUCCUUGGCAUGAGAAAUUGCAGGGGGGCAUGAAGACCAUGAGCAUGUCAGCAAAUUGGCCACUUUUGGUUCAGAGGGAAUAUAAGAGGAGUGGCCAUCUUGUUAAGAAAUGCAAUGCUAAACAAAUACCUGGGGGUUCCAGAGCUAGAAUUCACCUAACUAUACUACUGAUCACUUUUAACUGUUGCCCCCCAUUUGGUGCAAAAAUGCUUGGUGGAAAUGCUUAUCACUUGCUUAUGAUACAGAUCAUCGCAACCCUUCUGAGCGAUUUACCAGCGAAAUCUAUUGGAGCUGAGUUGCAGCAACAUGUUACACUGCCUGGGAAUUAUUUUGCAUUGUUUCAGCCGAAGUCCCGAAGGCCACUUCAUAUCAUUGUUUUCGCUCAGGUGUCUUUGUUCAGCAAGCAGGCCAUAGCUGAAUCUCUGCAUGACAAGACGUCCCCUUGGCCACUGAUUAAAUUUGAGGUUCUUGUGCUACCUGACAACAAGUCAUCUGUGCUAAUUUCCUUUCUUUCCACAAGAAAGUGGAGCGUACUAGGAGGCCCAUCGCAAGAUGUUGCUGAACUAGAUGGUAUGGUGGGAAAGGUGGAACGAGUAUCUCAUAUGGGCAACCCCAUUCAUCUAUUCGUUGAGCAACAAAUGUCACUACCUGACCCUGACGACAACACAAGCAUGAAUAACAUACAAAUUGCAAUUAUGCACAAGUCAUGGGACCCCAGGAGCAUUACCAUGCCAACUUCGCAUCUUCAGCCGUCAAAGGUUACAGGGGCAAUGGUCUUUAGCAAGGAAGCACGAGCCGUGGGUGGAAUGGUGCCUUGUACCCUCUCUGGUCAAGAGCAUGCUGAAAGAAGGGGGUUGAAGAUCCUUAUGUCGAUGCUCACCAGCCAUGAGUGGUAUGUCGUUCUCUCAAUGCUGCUAUGAAGAGCAUUUUCAAGGAGUGGGGAAUGUCAUCGCGGUCGUUGUUGCUGCCGGCUUGGUGCAAGGCUACGUCGACCACAAGUACUACAUCGGCGUCUACAACAACUACUUCCUCGACAUCUUCUUCGUUGAGGUCGCCAUCGGCCACGACUACUACAACCUCGUCAUUCAAGUCAACCCCGACUUCGACUACCACCACGACAUCAAGCUAGUCAAGGAACACCCAGUGCCAUGGGAUCCGGGCGGUUCUCAAUGGCGUCGUUCAAGGGGCAAGGACGAUCGAGUGCAAUGGGAUCCGGGAGGGUCUUGGUGGCGUCGGCUUGGGGGCAAGCCGAAUCUCAAGAAGGGGGGAUGUCAGGGCCCUCCCCUAGCCCAUAUGGGCUUGCCUCUGGACAUCAUAUGGGCUUGCCUUUGGACAUCACAUGGGCCUGGCCCGGCUGGGAAUCCUCUGGCCGCUGCAGCUAUAAAUACUUGGGCAAAAGCAACGAACAACCUAUCCAGUGGAUCACGGCACGAACCGGCGGCGGCUCUUUCCUCUUCCUCCUUUGGCUCUCUUCUCAAUCCCCAUUUCCUGCUGCAACUUGUAUCCCAGAUUAGCUACCUCUUGUAAUCGGCUACUGUGAUUGAGUAGUGAGAGUUGGUUCUUAACACACUGGCGCUGGAUCGCCAGUCAGGCUCCACCGAAUCGAGGGGAAAAGGAGGCCGAUGAACUUGAGCCAUCGCCCCGGUGAGAUCCAUGACGACCGAUCUAGAGGAGCUCGCUCGGUACGGCGACGACGUUCCCCUCUCUCACCCUUCUGACUUCGUACCUUUUUUUUUCAUGACGACCGGACUCCCCCCGUGCGAGUGGAUCUGGGACGGGCAGGUGGCCAAAUCAGGCAGCCGGCAUCGCGGGUGACGGAUGGCAGGCACUGCAGGCAGCGACGCUGUGUAGCCCAUGGCACCACCACCUUCCUUCCCUCCAGGCACCUUCCUCGUCGCCAUGGGGCUCGCCGCGCUGGCCACCACCCGUCUCACCCCCACUAGCGCUUUCUCCCGCUGCGUUGCUAGGGACAGGGAGAAGCGCCGCCAUAGCACUAAGCUCCCACGUCGGAUCCGUGCGACAGGGCACCUCUCCCGACGGAUCCAGCAACCGUCACCUCCUAGGGUUCUAGCGACCACCGAAUUGAGGUCGGCGUGGCCUCACUGCGGUAGUGGCCUCCUUGUCCUCUGGCGGUGCGGACCCCUUCGUGUGUGCAAUCUGCUAGCUGUGGAUGUGUAGUGCGUGUGUGCACUUCGGUGAGCUCAAACGAAGACACAUAUCAGUAAACUAUGUUCUCUAAUGCAGAAAAAAUGGAGCAAAAUUCAAUUAUAAAAAAGGAAACACAAGAUGCACUUGGCUUUGUCGCGGUGGACUCCCGUCUGUAGUUCACUCAGAGUUUGAUUGAUGUCCUCUUGUGGGUCAUGGAGUUCGACUGGGCUCCGCUAGUAAAGUUCAUAAAAAAAACUGUUUAGAUUUGCAGUGCAUAGUAUAGAGGAGUUUACUUUGUAAAAAAGGUUGUACAUAGGAGUUCACUUUUUAUUAUUUUGGGAGGAGUUGUUUUGCAAAAUUUGUAUCAACAUAUUUUAUAUGAAGUUUGUUGCCCUUC